UAACGCGGGGCCGCCAGGUGACAGCUAAUGGCGGCAGCCGCCUGAGCCGGGCGGGCCGCAACGCGGGGACCGGAGGCGCCUGGCGGGGCUCCCACUGCGGCCUCCCGGCGGCGGGGCUCGGACGGCCUCGCACGCCAUGGACAGGUCGCCGGCGGCGGGCGGCGAGGCCGGGGGGCUGGGCUCCGGCCCGGCGGGCACCAGGAGGCCCUCCAGGGCCGCGGGGCUUCCCGUCGCCGGCUCCCGGCAGCCCAGCGUGGAGACCCUGGACAGUCCUACAGGAUCGCAUGUUGAAUGGUGUAAACAGCUUAUAGCUGCUACAAUUUCUAGUCAGAUUUCAGGUUCAGUGACAUCAGAAAAUGUAUCCAGAGAUUACAAGGUCUUCAGGAGGCCUGACAUAAGGGAGAUUCAGGAAGAACACAAUGGCUACCCUUCUGAAGCUGAAGCUGACCAGGCUCUAAGGGAUGGGAAUAAACUGGCACAGGUGGAAGAAGCGCCGCUUUUUCCAGGAGAAUCAAUCAAGGCCAUUGUUAAAGAUGUCUUGUAUAUCUGCCCUUUUAUGGGGGCAGUGAGUGGAACCCUGACUGUGACGGACUUUAAGAUGUACUUCAAAAACGUAGAGAGGGACCCUUGUUUUGUCCUUGAUGUUCCCCUUGGAGUGAUCAGCAGAGUUGAGAAGAUUGGAGCACAGAGCCAUGGAGACAAUUCCUGUGGUGUAGAGAUUGUGUGCAAGGAUAUGAGGAACUUACGACUUGCUUAUAAACAGGAAGAACAGAGUAAACUGGGAAUAUUUGAAAACCUCAACAAACACGCAUUUCCUCUUUCCAAUGGGCAGACACUAUUUGCAUUCAACUAUAAAGAAAAAUUUCCAGCUAAUGGCUGGAAAGUUUAUGAUCCAGUGGCCGAAUAUAAGAGACAGGGCUUGCCAAAUGAGAGUUGGAAAAUAUCCAAAAUAAACAGUAAUUAUGAGCUCUGUGACACCUACCCUGCCAUCAUUGUUGUGCCAACUAGUGUAAAAGACGAUGACCUUUCAAAAGUGGCAGCCUUUAGAGCAAAAGGCAGAGUCCCUGUGUUGUCAUGGAUUCAUCCAGAAAGUCAGGCAACAAUUACCCGUUGCAGCCAGCCCCUUGUGGGUCCAAACGAUAAACGCUGCAAAGAAGAUGAAAAAUACCUGCAGACAAUAAUGGAUGCUAACGCACAGUCCCACAAACUUAUCAUCUUUGAUGCCCGACAAAACAGCGUUGCUGAUACCAACAAGGCCAAGGGUGGAGGGUAUGAAAGUGAAAGUGCUUACCCAAAUGCUGAGCUGGUGUUCUUAGAAAUCCACAACAUUCACGUGAUGAGAGAGUCACUCCGAAAGCUCAAAGAGAUCAUCUACCCUUCAAUCGAUGAGGCCCGGUGGUUCUCCAACGUGGAUGGCACGCACUGGCUGGAAUACAUACGGAUGCUUCUUGCUGGGGCGGUGAGAAUUGCUGACAAAAUAGAAUCUGGGAAAACCUCGGUGGUGGUGCACUGCAGCGACGGCUGGGAUCGGACAGCCCAGCUCACAGCCCUGGCCAUGCUGAUGCUGGACAAUUAUUACCGGACCAUCAAAGGAUUCGAAGCUCUCAUAGAAAAGGAGUGGAUAAGCUUUGGACAUAGGUUUGCACUACGAGUGGGCCAUGGCAAUGACAACCACGCCGAUGCUGACAGAUCCCCUAUAUUUCUCCAGUUUAUUGAUUGUGUUUGGCAAAUGACAAGACAGUUUCCUUCAGCCUUUGAGUUCAAUGAACUAUUCUUGAUUACAAUUUUGGAUCACCUUUAUAGCUGUCUCUUUGGGACUUUUUUGUGCAACUGUGAACAACAGCGAUUCAAAGAGGAUGUAUAUACGAAGACUAUAUCUUUAUGGUCUUAUAUCAAUAGCCAGCUAGAUGAAUUUUCGAAUCCCUUCUUUGUGAAUUAUGAAAACCACGUGUUAUAUCCUGUUGCUAGUCUGAGUCAUUUGGAAUUAUGGGUAAACUAUUAUGUACGAUGGAAUCCACGAAUGAGACCUCAGGAUAGGCCCGGCACCCUCCGCGGCUGGGUGGCCCUUGCUCCAGGAUCCGUCUGUGCGGAUGGGUGCAGCUCCCGCGGAGCCCCUUUCACCAAGUGCGUCCCGUCAACAACCAGGCCCUGAAGGGGCCCAGCUGUCACAGACCCCGGGGACCCACCUUCUGGCACUCAGGCUGCCUUGGAGAAACCAGGGUGAACCCAGUGCAAUACUGAGAUUUCAUUUCCACCUUCAGUGCUUCAUUCAAGACAAACCCUCUCACUCCAAGACCACCUCGGCCAGCCACGGCGCUUCCUUAGGCCGUUUGCUACAACUUGAAAACUGUUUUUAAACUAAGUAUAUGGUGAGGGAAGACAGAACAUUGCCAUCUUUCUACAUUUCUCUUCACAAAGGGGGUCCCCCUGUACCAAUUACUGUUGUAUACAUAUAAGGUAUUUUUAAAAAAGAGAAACAUGCCUUUAUUUUCCUAUGUCCUUUUAUAUGUUUAGAGUAGCUGCUCCAGGAGGUAGUGCUUAACCGUAUUGCAUGAGCAACUAUCUCCCAGCACACCUGCUCACUUCUUUGUGGUAUCUUUCAAACAAGACUUGAGGACGGUCGUUUAUGGGGAUACGUUACCUCCUCACCUGCCUCUGGGCCCCACGCCAGGAGCUCCCCAAGUCAGACCCGAGGACAAGUGCACUGUAAGGUCACCUGGUUGGCUUCUGGUUACGGGACACCAUGCUAAACCCUACACAGUGACCUGAUUCUUGAGGAUAUAUUCUUAAAGAAGUUUUUUUACAGGCAAAUACUUAGAGAAUAGACGUUGCUUCACCUUGGAACCUUCUAAUUCUUAUAGAAAAUUAUCCUGAAGAUAUCAGAAAUAUUUCUUACAGAUAAUUUGAUAAUCUAAACUCAAUUCUCAUUUUUUAUCAUCUGGGUGAUUUGUUUCUAAAUCCUAGUGUAAUUGAAAUUAGUUUUUAAUUUAUGCUCUGAGCAUAUACGAAAGCUUAUCUAUGGAUGGAGAAAGCAGAUGAUUUUAUACAUUGAUUUUUAAAAUGGGAACAUUUCCCAGUUUUUCCCAAGAAAGCUGCACUAGGACUGUCAAAGGCACAACCGGGGGACAGAGGGACCCCCAGCAGCUCCCAUGUGACGUAAAGAAGCACAACAGACUAUGUUCCUUUGUAUGUUCCUAGAACAGAACUGAGUCUCUAAAACAACUUGAAGUAGAGUUUUGUUGCCUAAGCCUUUCUUUUUUCGGUUUUAUUUAAGUGUACUAGAAUGUAAAACCUUUACGGUUCGGGUUUUAAACAAUUGGUACAGUAUUGUGUUUGCCUCGUCUGAUGCACUGUAUUUUGAACUAUAAUUAAAUUGAUAAUAUGUCUGCCCCGUG